CCAGAGGGCGCGGUGUAUCUUGGGAUAGGGAGCGAUCUCCGAGCGAGGCAGCAAGAUGGCCGCGGGAUUCUUCCGCGGAACAAGUGCAGAACAGGAUAAUCGGUUCAGCAACAAACAGAAGAAGUUACCGAAGCAGCUGAAAUUUGGAGAAUGCCUAGAAAAAAAGGUGGAUAUGAGCAAAGUAAAUUUGGAGGUUAUAAAGCCUUGGAUAACAAAACGAGUAACGGAAAUCCUUGGGUUUGAAGAUGAUGUUGUGAUUGAGUUUAUAUUCAACCAGCUGGAAGUGAAGAAUCCAGACUCCAAAAUGAUGCAAAUCAACCUGACUGGGUUUUUGAAUGGAAAAAAUGCUAGAGAAUUUAUGGGAGAACUGUGGCCCCUGCUCUUAAGUGCACAAGAAAACAUCGCUGGAAUCCCUUCUGCUUUUCUAGAACUGAAGAAAGAAGAAAUAAAACAAAGACAAAUUGAACAAGAAAAGUUGGCAUCUAUGAAAAAGCAAGAUGAAGACAAGGAUAAGAGGGAUAAGGAAGAAAAAGAAAGCAGCAGAGAAAAAAGGGAGAGGUCUCGCCCAAGAAGACGCAAAUCCAGAUCUCCUUCCCCUAGAAGACGAUCUUCCCCUGUCAGGAGAGAGAGAAAGCGCAGUCAUUCUCGGUCUCCCUGCCACAGAACCAAGAGCCGGAGUCCUUCCCCUGCUCCAGAAAAGAAGGAAAAAACUCCAGAGCUCCCAGAACCAUCAGUGAAAGUAAAAGAACCUUCAGUACAAGAGGCCACUUCUACUAGUGACAUCCUGAAAGUUCCCAAACCUGAACCUGUACCAGAGCCUAAAUGUUUAUUUUUGAGAGAGAAAGAGGGUGGGGCAGAGAGAGGGAGACUCAGAAUCUGAAGCAGGCUCCAGGCU